AAUGGAUGAUGAUGACGACAUUCCCCAGCUUUCAUCGCAAGCACUGGCAGCCCUCCAGGAAUUCUAUUUGGAGCAAGAGCAAAGAGAGGGCACGAAGACCUCCCAGGGAUCCAGUCAAUACUCUGUUGGCUCCAUAGAGGAGAACUGGCAACUGAGCCAGUUUUGGUACAGUGAGGAAACUGCAUCUUGCCUGGCUAAUGAAGCUAUUGCAGCAGCUGGAAAAGAUGGCAAGAUUGCCUGUAUCAGUGCCCCAAGCGUGUACCAGAAGCUGAAAGAGCGGGAGGACCCGUCCGUUUCCGUGUGCAUACUCGAAUAUGACAGGAGGUUUUCUGUGUAUGGGGAAGAAUUUGUCUUCUAUGAUUAUAACAAUCCUUUGAGCUUACCUGAAAGCCUCCUGCCGCACAGUUUUGACAUCGUAGUAGCAGAUCCACCUUAUCUCUCUGAGGAGUGUCUUGAGAAAACCGCAGAGACCAUCAAAUACUUAACAAAGGGAAAGAUUCUGCUUUGCACAGGUGCAGUCAUGGAGGAGCAGGCAGCAAAGCAUCUUGGCGUGAAGAUGUGCAAGUUUAUUCCAAGACACUCUCGCAAUUUAGCCAAUGAGUUUCGAUGUUAUGUGAACUAUGUCUCUGGACUAGACUGACCUUCAUAAGAAGAUUUUUAACGUGUGCAAUCAAGUUCCUUU